GGACAGAGAGAAAGAGGGAGGGAGGAAGGAAGGAAGGAAGGAGAGGAGGAAAGAAAGAAAAGAAAAGAGAAGAAAAGAGAAGAGAGUAGUGGAUGUAAUUAGCUGCCGGCUGUGCUGUUUGGCGCUAACCUGCUGGAGAGAUAAAACCCGGAUAAAUGUAGCAUGCGAGCUAAUAGCUAUUAUUUAUAUUGUGCUGCUAUGUUAAGUUAGCCGAGGCGGCUAACAGUUAGUUGUGGUACAGUAGUAGGUUAGCGUGCUCUGCUUAUUAGCGUGUUAUUAUUUCGGGUGUAUUAAAUAGUAGCUGCCUGAGGACACUUUUUUUUAUUUCUUUAAUAUUUUUGUUAACGUAUAAACAAUUAAUUGUCUUCGAGGUGAACAGCUACAAAAUGGGGAGAAAGUCAAACAGGGCAAAGGAGAAGAAGCAGAGAAGGCUUGAAGAAAGGGCAGCUAUGGAUGCUGUGUGCGCAAAAGUGGUUGCAGCCAAUAAGCUUGAAGAUCCUCUCUCGGCUUUUCCAGUGUUCAAAAAGUACGACAGGAACGGGUUAAAUCUGGAGAUCGAGUGUAAGCGGGUGACUGCUCUGUCUCCCAUCACUGUGGAGUGGGCCUAUGAACUGACCAGAGCUAACGUACAGACACUAUAUGAACAGAGUGAGUGGGGCUGGAAGGAGCGAGAGAAAAGGGAGGAGAUGAAGGAUGAAAGAGCGUGGUAUCUCCUGGCCCGUGAUGCCGAAUCUGCCCCUGUUGCUUUCUCUCAUUUUCGAUUUGAUGUUGAAUGUGGUGACGAGGUGUUAUAUUGUUACGAACUCCAGUUGGAGAGCAAGGUCAGGCGGAAAGGUCUGGGAAAGUUUCUCGUCCAGAUCCUGCAGCUUAUCGCCAACAGUACACAGAUGAAAAAGGUCAUGUUGACUGUCUUCAAACACAACCAUGGAGCCUACCAGUUUUUUCGGGAGGCCUUACAGUUUGAGAUUGACGAAACCUCGCCCAGCAUGUCUGGUUGCUGUGGAGACGAGUACUCGUAUGAGAUUUUGAGUCGACGGACAAAAUAUGGCGAGGUGUCGGGUCACGCGCAUGCUGGCAGCCACUGUGGAGGCUGCUGCCAUUAGGUGCUGGUCCUGCUGUUCUCUUACACUCCUCAUCUGAACCUCCAGUCAACAAUCAUGUUUGCCCUGCGUUUCCCCCAUAUCGCAUCCCCUUAAGCCUAGUUCAGUCAUGCAGUGUAGCCAAGAAGAACAAGGAAUGAACAGGAACCAAUCAGAACGCCACUGAUGUGUUCAUCUUUCAAUAACCGGUAUUUAACAGUGUUUAGAGAGAGAUCUUGCAGUAGGUUACAGUACAUAAGGGACUUGUAGAAGAGGAUCACCGUAAAUGAUGUGAUUAUGGUUUGGAUAGCUCCUUUCUUGAAUGUUUUUUGUCAUGUGUAAUGUGUGUGGAAUUGGAAAUGCAUAAUAAAAAUGCAAAGUGCAUUAUCCUUCAGUUACAAACUUGAUGCACACAGUGGUUCUCUUGUCCCAGUGUGAAUUGAAUCAUGUUGGGGAUGGCAGCAAACUUUAUUUGCAUAGUGUUUGCGUUUAAACAUCAUGAAAAAUUAUCCUAUCGCUCAGUAUUUUUGACUUCACUUAAGACCAUUUACUGAUUUUAUAAACUUUCGCUAUUUGUCAUCUAUGUGCUGGGUAUGUGGGGUUUUUUUUCUUUUUUUUUUUUUUUUUAAUAUUAAAUUGUUCACUAAAUUCAUUUGAAAGUGUUACUCUGCAGGCUGUAUAGGUAAGAAUUGAAAGCCACAUGGAUUUUGAGGUAUGUGUUACAUGGUGCUCUUAAUGACCGUACAAAGGUGAUGCAUUUUAAAGCUGUGAAGCAGUGACUGAACUAGGCCUUAGAUUAAUCUCUCCUCUAUGAAGGUCCUCCUUCUUCCUUGUUGUUGGUCUCCCCCCCCCCCCCCCCCUUUUUUUUUUUUUUUUAAUUAACUUAAUUGCUGCCCAUUACUUGAAGAAAAACAAAUGUAUUCCCUCUCCAGCUUCAUGACUCUUUGAAUAACAGGGAUGGCAGUAAUGCUUAUGUGACAGCUCUGUGUAGUGAACUUUUCCUCUCACCUCAGGAACCAGCAUGGUGAGUCGUACAUCUACACAUCCCAUGAUUGUGAUGAUAAUCACAACACACACCAAGGCUGGACUUGAUGCCUUUAGCCUACAGUUCUCUCUCUCCUAGGCUGUUGAUCGUUAUAGUGAGUUCAAGGGCAUGGCACACUGGCUGUUACUGCCAUUUUCUCUUGCUCUGUCAGGGUACUUGUACAUACAUUUUAACAAAAAUGCAAGGGGCUUACUUACGUGUUGUAUUCAGUUACUUAAAGAAAUACAAUGAAUGGCUUUGUAUUCUUUAUAAUCCCUCAAACUGGUCAGUCUCAGGUCAUUCAACUAAGUAAAACCUAUAUCAAAUAUUUUAUAACGGUUAUCCCUGUCUAAUCGAUGAAGGGGCUGAUACUUAUGGCAACACAACCGUAGUGUAGAAAAGUACUGUUUUUUUUUUUUUGUUGUUUUUUUUAAGUAUCAUAGCCUUCUUUUAUCAUCUCAAAACAUAAGUUGUGGGUUUUUUCUUUUUUCUUUUUUUUCCCUUAACUGUAUAUAAUCUGUUUGCUAUUUUCAUUUUAUUUGCCUUCAUAAAUGUCUUUGGAGAGAGCUCACCUUGAGACAAUUUAAAAGUGAUUUGUUUGAUAAAUGAGUAUUCCUGUCUCAUGCUUUGUUGUUGAUGCAGAAAGGGAAGUUAUUUCAGCUUUUGGUGUUUUAUUUGUAUGCAACAAAUAAACUGGGUUGACUCAGAA